AUGAGGAAGAAGAAAAAAGCAGAGAAGGAGAAGAGGAAGAAAAAAGAGACAAAGAACAAAGGCAAAUCCAAAAGCAAGAGUAAAUCUAAGAGCAAAAGCAAAAGCAAGAGCAAGAGCAAGAGCAAGGAUUACGAGGAAACACCAGCUCAAACGGCUAAAAACAAGUACGGCGAGCCAGUCUUUUUCCGAACAAAGGCACUUCGAAAAGGAAGAGAUGCAUGUCUUAGAGCGCACAAUGAAAAAAGAGCUCUUCAUAAGGAUACUCCGAUGAUGAAGCUGAGUAGAAGCAUGUGCAUUUCAGCGCAAGAUUACGCUGAUAGAAAAAUGGCACGAGAAGUUUCUGGUCACGAUCCAGACUGGAACGGGGGAGAAAAUAUGGCCGGAAGCACCAAGUGGCAACAUAAACAUUAUCCCUUGCGACAAGAAUAUUAUGAAGAAGCAGCUCGAAGGGCCGUGCAAUGCUGGUACGGCGAAAUCAACAAUUACGACUUUAAAAAUGCAAAGUCGAAAAACGGUGGCAAAAUCGGCCAUUUCACUCAACUCGUCUGGAAAGACUCGGUCAAACUCGGCGUCGGAAUUGCCAAGCAAAGGGAAGGAUUCAAAGUUGGACCGCCGCCGAAAGGAAAAUGGACAACCGUGAUUUGCCGAUACUGGCCGCAUGGCAAUGUUAUGUCCAGAGCAAAGGAUCAAGUCGGAGAAUUGAAAUGA